AACUAACAUAAAUAAUGGUGUGAAUGCCAGAUUUAAUAUUUUUCACAUUCAGCAUUUUUAUUCCUAUGAUUUGCUUCAACGCAUGGGCAACGUUAUGAGUAAAAUAGUAAAUGAAUAAGUGGCACUAUUGACGUAUUGCCGGCAAACAGUUAGUAAACAGUAUCAGUGUAAAGGUUAGAAAAUAUUUUAAUCAUAUAAAAUCUUUGGCUCUUAAAUUAUUAAGUAUAUUAAAGAAAUGCCUGCCUGGCUGCCGCUUGAAUCUAAUCCAGAUGUACUUACAAAAUAUAUUCAUAAAUUGGGGGUGUCUCAGGAGUGGUCAAUUACUGAUGUUGUCAGCUUAGAACCGGAGAUGCUCGAAUGGAUACCACAACCAGUUAAAGCAAUUAUUUUGCUAUUUCCUAUAUCAGAAAAUUAUGAGAAGCAUAGAGCACAAGAACAUGAAAACUUAGCUGCUGAUCCUGGAACUUUUCCUGAUGAUCUUUUCUACAUGCGACAACUAACUUCUAAUGCUUGUGGCACUGUUGCUAUUAUACAUAGUGUGGCUAAUAACAAAAGCAUUUCACUUUGUGAUGGAAUAUUGAAAAACUUUCUUGAGAGCGCCAAAAAUUUAACACCAGAAGAGCGUGGUAAAGCUUUGGAAAAUGAUAUCUUAUUUACGGAGGGUCAUUAUGAACUUGCCAACGAAGGCCAAACUGUUGCUAAUCCUGAAGAAAAAGUAAAUCACCAUUUUAUAUCAUUAAUUCACAACGGAGGCAUAUUAUAUGAGUUAGAUGGUCGAAAAGAAUUUCCAAUCAGGCAUAGUUCGACUUCCGAUGCAACAUUUGUGGAAGACGCAGCUAAAGUCUGCAAAGGAUUCAUGGCUAGGGACCCGCAAGAAAUGCGCUUCACGGUAAUGGCAUUAACCGCAUCACAAAAUUAAUAAGGUUUAAGAUAAUUUUGAAAAUUUGUCAUACACAUUACACAAACAUAAAUUUGCUUUAAAUGCUUGUAUUAAAAUUGUAAACGAAUUGCAUCGGUGUUAAUAAAAUAAUUGGAUAUCAAUGGCUUAUUAAAA